GAGAUCAGCCUCGACGUUGGCUCCUGCGCCGUGCAGAUUCUUCUGAUUCGCACUGUUCCAUCGUCUCGGGUGCGAGUUCGACUCCGACCUCCGGAGACGGUGAUGAUUGGGGAAUCCGUGCCAAUGGAUGAUCACUUGGGGAUGAAGCCGUGGCUGCUGUGCGUGCUCAUGGCUCUUCGCAGACAUCUGCCGCAGGUGGCAACGGCCCUGAUCGCAAAGUUUGCCCGUCCUGUGCUCCCGUUCCGGCAAGUGGCGAUCGGCCUCAGCCAUGACCACAUCUGCUGGGAGCAGCAGGAGUGGGAGUAUCUCAGUGAGAGCUGCUUACCAGUCUUG